AUGAACGCUCAUAUUGCGUCAGAUUUGAUUAUUUUAAUUCAGCUGAGUGCAAAACAUUUAGUUACGAGCCCUAUAACACAAGCUCUGGUGAAAAAACGAAAGAGGAAAAAACCGCGAAAUAUUAGUAUGCUAACUUUUGAUUGUGAAAUAAAGGCUGUUGAAUUGAUUAAAACUAAGCUAUGGUUCUGGCAUGUUCCGGCACAUUUGACCAAGUUAUCUUUCGAUGUGACGCAAAACAUCUACAUGUCGUCGUAUUUUUGUUUGUUACGAUAUUUAAUAACCAUGAUCACCAUUGAUUUGUCGCUAAUUUCGGUAACAUCGUUAAUUAUUGAUCGAAAGGAUAAAAUCGUUAAACAACCGUUUGGGAUUCGCUCAUAUAUCCGAAAAGAUAACUUAAAGACGUGCAUAACGAUAUGUAUUUUCGUGACUUUAAUACCUAACUUAAUAAUGACUUCUGUAUACUUAUACAUCUUGGAACAUGAUAGUAUAUUGCCUUGCCAGAAGGAGAUAAACGAUAGUAAAACCCACCUUGUAUUGCCAAUCGUUGAGAGCAUCAAAAAAAUAUCUGUUGCAGCUCCAUCAUUAACAUUGAUGAUACGAGCCAUAGCUGAGCUCCGAAGGAAAAUCAAAGAAAGGAACGAUCAUUCUAUACGUAUGAAGAAAGCGUUAAAGAAAAUUAAUGCUACGUAUUUUUAUGCUGUGGCUUUUCUUGUUUUUUGGGCUCCAUUUGGGUGCAUGGCAAUUUCAUCAGGUAGUAUUAAAAUGGAGUUCUAUAAUGCAUGGUUUAAUAUUGGGUACAGUAUUUCAUAUGGUUACUUACUUGCUAUUCCAGUGGUAUGUGCAAUUACUGAUAGACACUUUAAUUUGAGAAGAACAUUUUCAAGUGUACCCUCUCCUUCACACGUGUUACAAAAUACAAAUACUGUUUUUACCUUAAAAGUGCAAGAGUCUUCACAUCCGGGGUGAAUUUUGCAAAACGAAUGUUUUUACUUCUGUUAAAUACGGUGGCCUUAUUUUCUGUAUCUCGGAUUGGAGACAUGGUUUUGGUGUACGCUGUCUGGUAUGUUUUCGUCGUCAAUGCAAUUUUAUACUGUAGCCUUUAGAUUUGGAGUGCAUUUUAGCCAAUAUAGAGGGUUAAAAUUUACAUUUUUUUUUGCUUUACAAAAGAAGACCCGCAAAUUUUCAAGCCCAUUCUUUUUACUAAAAACAUUGCUGCUGCACCUGCCCGUUUUUAACAAAAAUUUUGUGGGUUAACUAAAGCUUGCUUCCAAUAGCCUAAAGUAGUGGGCAACAGUUGCAUAAUAGUCACCGUUAUGACUUUAUUGGAAACACAAGCAGUAAAACAAAGAGGUGCAAGAAAUGUUGCCCAAAAAAUUUUGCGGAGAUCAAAUUUUUAACAAUUGCAUUAUUCAACAAUUCUGGAAUCUAUAUUAUAAUAGCCGUAUACGUCUGUCUGUUUGUCACGCAAAAUGGUAGCUUAGCUGCGCAAUAGCGAGAAGCACGCAAUGCGGUAUAAAAAGGACGGGCGAACCCGUGUAUUUUCCACGGGCUAACGACUAGUUUAUUCUAAAUUAAGCUUAUUAUUCGACUAGGUCCCGCUUUCGAGAAUGCACUGCCUUUGUGCAAACCCAGAACACAUGACUGUAGCAAAUACAACUGACAAGCGCUUUUUUUAAACAUUAUAAAGUAGAAAAAGUGUUCAACGCUGGUUAUAUUUAUACCUUAACUAAUUUAAUAGAAGCCACAUUUUCUUCCUGAAGAUUAUUAAUGAGGCUUCAUUCUCUAUAACUUAAUACUGAAAUUAACACAGCUACUCGGCGUAAUAUUCGAAACGUUUCAUUCGCAAUCUAUCAUUAUACACUCCUUGUUGCUAAGUAUUAAUAGCUUGGAAGAGAAUAUGGCUUUUAUUAAAUUUGCUGAAGGUUUCAAUAUGACCCGCGUUAAAAUUAGAAGUUGUCGAGACGGAUUAGUUUAAUGUUUUAUAAGGAAUCCUUUUUCCAAGUUCCUUUCCCUUCUGCCCGUUUUUUUAAACAAAAUCUAAGUAUCCUGCAAAAGGGGAUGCAAAAAAUAUAUCUAAUAUGAUCUUACUGGGUAAAAUCUUACUGGCUGGGAUAUGAACCUGGUAAAACGGACAAUUUUUCUUUUAUAAAAUAUAUUAACGUUAUUCACGCUCAUAUUAUCACAUUUAUAAAAAAAUAUUAUUUUUACGCAAUAUAGAAUUAUAUUUAUUCUUCGUAACUAAUGUGUUAAUAUAAUAGUUCAUAUAUGAGAAAUUUGACUUGAA